UAUCGUAAAUUGUUCUCCAUGGAAACGAGCUCGAGGUUGGAGUUUAGUUUACAGGCGUGGGGAGCUAACAGCUACGGACAGCUGGGACAGGGACAUGCGGAGGACCGAGCGGUGUCUCAGCCCUGCUGUGCCUUCAAAAACACCGCUGUCAGGACUGUCUGUGGCGGAGGAGGACACUCUGUGGUCAUCACUGACAUCGGGGAGGUGUUCGUCUGUGGACAGAAUCAUAGAGGCCAGCUAGGACUUGGACACACAGCCGAUGUCUCAUCGUUUGUCCUCUGUCCGAGCUUGAGUCAGGGGGUUACAGAUGUAGCUUGUGGUUGGGAUUUUACACUUCUCCUUACAGAUUGUGGUCAAGUGCUGGCUUGUGGCUCCAAUGCAUUUGGACAGUUGGGUGUUGCACAGAGUGUCUCGCAUGCUGCAGAACCACUGAUUGUUGAGAGUCUGACGAAGCCCGUGGUGAGUGUGGCAGCAGGACUUAGACACUCUCUAGCUGUUACUGACUCGGGCUGCGUGUACCAGUGGGGAACAGGUCUUCUCAGUCAUGCUAAGAGAGCACUCAGGCCUCAGCCUGUCCCGUCCCACCUCAGCUCUACAUUGCCCUCUCUGGUACCAGGUCUGUUUGAAAAGAAAUCUCACAUGGUAGCUGCGGGGUCAGCACACUGUGUGUGCCUUACAGGAGAGGGUGACUUGUUUCUGUGGGGAAGCAAUAAGCACGGCCAGCUUACAACCACACAGCUGUUCUUGCCGUGUCCUACUCUUCUGAAGCGCUCACUGCUGAACGGAGAAAAAGCAAUUCGUGUGUGGAGUGGCUGGACGCAUAUUGUUGCUCAAACAGAGAGUGGGCGAGUGUUCACAUGGGGAAGAGAAAAUUAUGGACAGCUGGGCCGAACAGCAACGACCAGUCAGAGGCGAAAGGGGCAGUCAGCUGGUUUUUCAGCAGAAGGAUUCAGCCAAGCAUGUCUUCCUGCAGAGGUUGAAGGGCUCUUUGGAGCAACACAGAUUGCUUGUGGAUCUGAACAUAACCUUGCAGUUGUGGGGGAUCGUCUCCUGUCCUGGGGCUGGAACGAACACGGAAUGUGCGGAGACGGUUCACAGGUGAACGUCUUCCAGCCGCAGCUUGUUUGUGGCCUUGCGCCACUUCUCAUUGGCUGUGGAGCUGGACACUCUCUGGCGGUGUGCGCAGUGACAAGUGGUCCUACAGAGAACUCUGCAGCAGCUGCACUUCACUAACAUGUGACCUCUGUGUGCCUGUUUUUGUUUGUUUGUUUGUAUUGUUAUUAAACUGUGUAAACAUCACAGGUGCUUUUGGCUGUAGUGUAGCUUUCACCUGCUGUCAGGCUAUUCAAGCUCAUGGAGCAGAUCAGCUUUCACACUGCAGUCACCAAUAAAUACCACUCUGGUGUCAGAUGCAAGGUGACUGGUGUCUCGUGGGCGGAAGCCAUCAUUUCUUUGACCAGCUCAACACAGUGAUGGACAUGAUUACAGAUGAUGUCUGUGAUGGCUUGAUACCCCCCCCCCCCCCCCCCCCCCCCACCCGUUCCUGGUCCACCGAAUUCUGUUAGUCAUGAGAGAUGGGCUCGGACGACAUUGUGGCUCCUCCUUAAUAUGUCAGCAGACAGUAAAUCUUAUGAGAUCCACAGUUUGUACUGAAAAUCCCAUGAUGAUUCAUUUUCCUCAUACACACACAGCAAAAUGGUUUCUUUUUCCCUCUUCGGCGGGGGGGUCAUCCCCUGCUAUAUGGAGUAGAAAGGCUUCCUUUUCAUAUGAGUCAUCUUAAGUGUUUAGGAGCAGACUGCAGCACCUGGGGUCUCCCUGUAGCUCUGAGCUCAAGAAUGUGCAGCACUGUGUGGAAAAAUCUCAGGCACAUUGACUGAGAGAAUUUUGGUGACCACUUUUCAUACAGAAAUAAAAUAAAUAAAUGAUGCAACUCCACAUUGCAUGGAAAACCACCUAAAUAUUUUUCAAAAUUGUCACACAGUAAUGUUAAGAUUUUGAAGUUUCAAAAUGCCCAAAUAUAGAGGACAAAUAAGGAUGUUGCUUAAUUUCCUUGUACUUGUGUAAUUGGUAAAUAACAGGAAAAAUAUAACGUUGAUAUCCACCAUAUCAAAAUUUUGGAAGGUGACUAAUUGUUUUGUGCACUGCUGUGUUUGCAUUACAUUAUUAUAUAAACAUUCAUGCUACCUAUGCAUAUGUAAUGCACAACACUGAUAUGCAAUUACAAAAGUUGAUUUUUGUUUUUAACUGACUUGUUGGGGAAAAUAUACAUAAAUCAACAAAAAUAAAGCAACACUCACUGAAAAAUGGUGGUUGUCCUUUUUUUUUUUAUUUACCACUAUUUAUUGUACAAGCCUGAACUGUA